CAUAUUUCUAUGUUUUGUACAGUAUCAAAUUGUUUGUGUGGUUUAUAAUUAACAUGACGUACAAUGCACAUUCACAUAUCUAAAAAGUUCAUAACACAUGUAUAUCAAAGCAACGAAAGGAUAAAAGGAAAGGAAAAUAGAAUAAACUAUAAAAUUAUCAUCUUAAUUUAUUUUUCCUUCACGUGGAAGCAGUUGGAAUUUGUUUAAUAAAACAAAAUUUAUUGGCAAAUAUAAUUAUAUGUAUAUCCUGAUGCUUUUCUUCAUAAUUAAGCAGCCAAAAAAAACAAAAAAACCUAGAAAACAAAUAUAGAAUUGCUUUCUCUGCUUACCAAAAGCCAUCCUUUUUCCCUCUAAUUAUCUCAUUCUUGAAUAUAUAUAAAUUUUUUCUUCAUAAUUAAGCAGCCAAAAAAAAAAAAACCUACCAAACAAAUAUAGAAUCGCUUUCUCUGCUUACCAAGCCAUCCCUUUUCCCUCUAAUUAUCCCAUUCUUGAAUACAUAUAUUUUUUUAAAAACUUUUCUUUUGAAAUCAUACUUACAUAUAAAACUAACACAUUUUCCUGUUUCUGUUUGUAGAAUUACAAUAUAUUUUAUAAAACUAGAUUAAAUUUUUUAACCAAAAACAUGUCUUCAAUUGAAAACCCUAACAGUGGUAACAGAACCUUCCAUCGUUACUGGUGUUAUCAAUGCCAUCUUAUCGUCAGAGUAUCGCCGGAAAAUCCCUCGGAGAUCAUCUGUCCUCGUUGUUUCGGUCACUUCCUCUGCGAAAUCAAUGAAACGAACCCUGGACAAAUCUUAGACUUCACUGCAUUUGAUCCUUCUCCAGAAGCUAGAAUUCUCGAAGCUCUGACUCUAAUGCUCGAUCCUAAUUUAUUCAACACCUCUCAAGCCAAUGUGGUCCCUAUUUUCCGUCGUUCAGACGGAACUGAAACUCUCGUGCCACCACCUACUCGUGGACGAGAGAGAAUUCGAGACUUCUGGUUAAGACCGAGAAGGAUAUACUCAUUUCUAAAUGACACGGAUGAAUUUACACCAGAGAGCGGAAUCCUAGCACGUCCGCGCUCAUGGAUUGUCAUCCGACCAUCAUUGGGUGGACCUGGACCUGACCGUAGAGAAAGACGACGGUUAGGUCCACCCGAUGUAAAUAACAAUAGAGAUUAUUUCACAGGUCCUGAUCUUGAAAAUCUAAUAGAAGAGUUAACACAAAAUGAUCGGCCGGGUCCUGCACCAGCACCGGAGCCGAUCAUUCAUUCGAUUCCGACCGUUGUAAUUGCUGCCGCACAUUUAAAAGAUGAUUCAGAAUGUCCGGUGUGUAAAGAAAAAUUUAAAAUAGGCGGAGAAGCAAGAGAGUUACCAUGUAAACAUAUAUAUCAUUCCGAUUGUAUUGUUCCUUGGUUAAGGUUACAUAAUUCCUGCCCGGUUUGUCGGAAUCCGGUGCCGGUUACUUCAGAAGCUCAGGUGGAUAGUUCUGAUGAUUGUGUUGAAGAAGAAGUAAGGAUGAACAGACAACGACGUUGCUUCAGACUUAGACAAAUGGCAGCUUCUCUAUGGCCAUUUAGGUCGAGGUAUCGUGCUAUGCGUAAUCAUGAUGAACCAUCGGUGCAGUCGUCAUGUAAUAUUCUUUAGCGGAUAAAGAGAGCCUCCGAUCAAACUACAAAUUAAAGAACAGGUGGGGUGACGCGAAGAAGAAAUUAUAAGAAAAAAUGCAAAAAUUUAGAAAAAGAGACAGAUCAAUCAUGUUGUAAUAUAGAACUUUGUGUCUCGUUGUAAUAAUUAGUUGAACCUAUAAAUUUCAAUUUUUUAUGAACAAAUUUCAUACUCAAUCCAAAUUGUUUAUAUACGGAAA